AGCAGUAGGCGGGGCGAAUGUCAGUUUGGUACGAGAACUCGGAGGGGUCAUACCAGCCCGCGAACCAGAGAGUUCUGAGGGGAUCCGUGUAUCCGCCAUUACCGAACACUGCUGUCUACACAUGGACCCCACUGUGUCUACACACACAGGAUUGCUGAAGACCUAGAUUCUGUGGAGCUCGUAGUCAGCCAUGGGUCAGCAGCUGACCGGUCAGGCCAUGAUGAACAAACUGCCUGAGAAGGUCGUCAAACACGCCAACCUGGUGCGCGAGAGCGGCGUCCUGACUUACGAGGAGUUCCUGGGGCGCGUGGCGGAGCUCAAUGAUGUUACGGCGCGGUUGGCGGCAGGGCAGGAGAAGCACCUCCUCUUUGAGGUACAGCCGGGCUCGGACUCCUCAGCGCUUUGGAAAGUCGUUGUCCGUGUUUUGUGCACCAAGAUUAAUAAGACGAGCGGCAUCGUGGAGGUGUCCCGGGUCAUGAACCUCUACCAGUUCCUCCAGCUCUACAAGGACAUCACCAGUCACGCCAGUGGGGUGUACGCCCAGAGCAGCAGUGCCGCCCCCGAGGAGGACAAGAGCCUGGGGACCCUCUCCUCCUGCCAGGCCAGCAUCCUGAUGGGGAGGGUGAGGCAGCUGACGGACGAGGAGGAGUGCUGUAUCUGUAUGGACGGUCGCGCUGAUCUCAUCCUGCCUUGCGCUCACAGCUUCUGCCAGAAAUGUAUUGACAAAUGGAGCGACCGGAACCGCAAUUGCCCCAUCUGCCGCUUACAGGUGACGGGUGCGAAUGACUCCUGGGUGGUGCCUGAUGCCCCCACAAAGGACGAUGUGGCCAGUUACAUACUGAACUUGGCAGACGAGGUCGGGCAGCCCCAUGACAGCUUCUUCUAAGGCGCUACUGAUCACAUGGUUCUCGCCCCAUUAUUACAUGUUUAACACUGUUCUUUACGCUUGAAGGGCGCCAGCGGAUGAUUGUAACGUUACAAUGAAGAAUGUGUCCACCUCUGAUCAACAUUUACAGGUUACAUAUAGAAUUAAGAUUAUAGAAUUAAUAUGUUCACAUGCAGCCAGUCUGAUAUGGAAUUUACAACACAUUUUGCUGUUAUCCAUUGAAUUCAGAGAGUACCAAAUAUGCGACUAAACAUGCAGGUUUUACAUUUAUUUAAAAAAAAAAGGUGUGGUUACCCCCUCCCCCCCCCCCCCCCCCUUCUCUUCUCCAUAAUCAGACAGGUAACAAACCAAGCAGCUGCAGCCUUGUACUACCCCUCUUCUCCAUAGUCAGCAGUAACAAGCCAAGCAGCUGCAGCCUGGUACUACCUCUCUUCUCCAUAGUCGGCAUGGUAACAAACCAAGCAGCUGCAGCCUGGUACUACUAGGGCCAUUUAUUUUAGCCUUUCCCAGCCUAAUAAUACUUUCCUGCUACUGCCCCAGACAUUGAGCGCAAUUUUAUGAUGAUCCUGGUUGGACGGUACCCUUCACUUUCCAGUCCCCCUAGUGGCCAUGGCUACUAGGGUAAUAAUGUAGGGAUUACUGUUAACAGUUUUUUAAAGGAGUACUCCGGGAUAGACCAUGAUUGAGGCUCAAUAUAUGACACAGCCGCUCAGCCAAUUAACAGCCAAGGCUUUCUGCUACUCUUUAGGUCUGUAAAGAUCACUGCCUGGCCCCCAAUGCGGUGCAUCACCAAUCAAGCCCUGACUCACUGUGCCAGGUGCAAAACACUCAGUCCAGCACCUAGUGGGGACAUUAAGCAGCCAUCGAGGGGUGACAGUAAGCAGCCAUCGAGGGGAGGACAGUAAGCAGCCAUCGAGGGGAGGACAGUAAGAAGCGAUCUAGGGAGAUAGUAAGCAU